AUUCGCUCAGCCCUCGGCAGCUCUUGUCGCGCUCUCACCUCGAUUGGUCGAGCCCGAACCGUCAUGGCUGCGCCCAUGUAACCUGGAUCCACCGCGGAGCGGGCAGUGGCGGUGCGGGCCCCCCGUCGAGUCGGGAGUCAACAUGCUGCGGGCCGCGUGGCGUGCGCUGAGCUCUGUUCGUGCCCAGGCGGUGACACGGGCCCCAGUCCCUGCGCUGAGGGGCGGAAGUAGCGCCAGUCUGCUCUCUGCGCGCUGUGGCCUGCAGCCUCCGAGUCUACUGCGCGCCGCGCGAGCAUACGCCGCCGUCCAGAAACCAGUCCAACCCAAGCAGGACGAUGAACCACCCUCCUCUGCGUUCAUCAAAGAAUACAAGGACAUCAUCCCCAACAUAGAGAAGGUUGAUGAUGUUGUGAAAAGAAUCUUGUCUUUGGAAAUGGCCAGCAGGAAAGAGAAGUUAAAAAUCAAGCAAGAACAAUUGAUGAACAAGAUUGUGGAAAACCCUGAGGAUUCCAGAACCUUGGAAGCUCAAAUCAUUGCCUUGACUGUCAGGAUCCGCAAUUAUGAAGAACACAUGCAGAAACAUCGAAAGGACAAAGCCCACAAACGCCAUCUGCUGAUGAGCAUCGACCGGAGGAAAAAGUUGCUCAAAAUCCUCCGUCAGACCAACUAUGAUGUCUUCGAAAAGACAUGCAAGGAGCUAGGGGUGGAAUAUACCUUACCCCCUCUGCAUUUCCAAAAGGUUCACCGCCGCUUCCUGGCCAAGAAGGCUCUGUGCAUUCGGGUUUACCAGGAGGUGCAAAAGCUGAAGAAGCAAAAAAGGGCCUUAAAAGCUGCUGCAGCUGCUGCCAAAAAAGAAAAAAAUGAGGGGGUGCCAGAGAACCCUUCAAAUGCCGUACCAGAGAAGACCCAAGUGAACUAAUAAAGUCUGUUCCCGUGAA